AUGGGGAAAGAGUUUGGAAAUAUGGAGCCAGCUGAGAGCUCUGCCCCUAAAAGUCCAGUUGGACUGGGGGCAGGUGGUUUCUUUGAUUCCGCACAUCUAUUUGCACAUCCCUUGUUUGCUGCCGCAGCAGCCGCCGCCCACCCGUCUACCAGUCAAGAUCAGUUUUCCAUGACACACAUGCCCAGUGCCUUCUCCAUGUUUGGGGCACACCCAGCCUUCUCCUCUCAUCUCAUGGGGGCAGAGUUUGGAGGACUUGGGUCGCUAAGGGCAACUGCUUCUUCCCUAGGUGCUUCCGCUUCAGUCCCGGGAUGGCCAUUUGAGGCCAGUGCUCAGUUGUAUAACCUGGCAAAUUUAGGUGAUUACUUCAACCAUAUUUCUACUGAAACUUCAACAAUCAUGCUUUCCUUUUUCUUUUUUGUAGCAAGCUGA